AUGUCGAUGAUACUUGCACUCCCCAUUGAGGGGAAGCCACUAUGUAUCGACACAUCUUGUGAAGACUGGCGUGGCAAGAUGUUUGACCUUAUUGGCAAGGCUCCUGAUGAGAUUAUAAACAAGAGGGGUGAGAAAUUAAGGGUCUCUGCCGGGGCUACUUUCACUUGGAUCUCACAGAACUUCAAGACAUGCCCGGAGGGAGCCAGCCGUGAUGUGAUUAAGCUGUACGCACCUGGGAGCGCUUCCCUCGUCGGAAGGCCUCGUGUUCUCGAUUACAAGAAUUACAAUGAUCACGGCAACCCGUUGCGGCGACCCACUUGGGCUUAUCAGUGGGACAUUGUCUCCGAGUUCAGUGGAGACCCAAUAGCGGCCUAUCAGACCUACACCAAUGAGUUUGAUAACUUAACACCGGAGCAGGUGGAAUGGGAGCCAUAUGGUCCUCGAUCGGCGCUUGGUAACGCUUCAACAUUCACACUUAACCCGGCUUGCAUGGCGGAAGCUCAUCUUUGGUAUAUGCAUUGUCCCUUGGUAUGCAUGUGGGCCGUUGAGCAUCAUAUGCCACAACGGGUUAUGAGACAAUUUGGAUUACUUCAGCCUUGCCCGCCUGAAUGGAAGGACACGAGUAUAGUACUUCACGGGAGGAGGAGCAAGAAGACGGAUUGGCACAACAUUCAUAAGAAGCAUGUGAAGAAAUUCGUCAUGCGAGUGGAGGAACAGAAGAAAGCGAAAGGAAUCCAAUAUGAAGAACAUAGCGAGGAUGCUUUCAACCAGUACCUCCGUUGGUUUCUUGACAACACCCGUGUUCAGAUCCUUCCGGACGCUUAUGGGCAUGAGAUUUUGGAAGAGCCCUUGAUAUUCGACGAUAUUGCCACCCUGAAGUACAACAAGCUUGUUAGGGAAGGGCGCCAAACCUCUUUUGCUCCAAUGCUGAACUUUGUGCGUACGGAGAUCCAGAAGCAAGCAGUUGAGCAUGAGACCGCUUUGGAGUCGUUUCCACAUGGUGAGAAGGGCGAGAGUUCAUUUCGAGAAUUUGUGAAGCGCCAGGGCCAGAAGCUACGUCGGUUGUCGAACCUACUUGGUUGUCGUGAUCCUGAGAUAAUGACGCCGUCCCAAUCAAGGUCUGCCUCGCCCUCCGACCAAGAUGAUGCGAACAACUCCAACUCUACUGCCCGUGACGAGGAGGUUUCCGAUGAGGCGGGAAGUGAACAUGAGGUGGAUGAGGAUGAUGAAGACGUGCCAUUGGGCAAGUAUGUGAAGAAAAAAGGUCCGCGUACAAGUUGAAGCCUCGAAAGGAACGACAAGAUAGGUACACACCGAACGCAUACGCAAAGGCUCCGGCCGCAAGGAAGGCGAGGAAGAAAGCCGUCAUCGAGUCUGAUGAAGAAGAGCACAUGGAGCCACGUCAGAAGAUUCCGCCUAGGAGGGGAGGCAAGACCAAGCGUGCAAGGAAUUAGAUGUUCUUUGUUGGUAUGCACGAAUAUGGCCUUUGUGGUGCUAGUUGUUGUUGUAAGAACUUGACUAUCUAGAAGAACUUGUUCUAUUUGUUGGUAUGCAAGAAUAUGGCCGUUGUUAUGCAUUAUGAAACUACAAUGACUAUCUAGCAAUUGUUGGAA